CGGGAGCUUCAAGUACAAAUUUCAGCAUGUUGAAGGUCGACUCCGUGUUCAAUUGUGGUCCUUCAUUUUUUGGGUAUAUGCAGUUCCGGGGUUAACUUGAAUGCUCUUUGUGCCCAGUUUCUCAAAACGGCUUUACUCUGAAUUUGCAUCCUGGGUUGAGCAGGCAUUGUAGUCUGGGGGUUUAGGGUUCCGCUUUGGUUGGUUCGACGGUUGAGGAAAGAGCGGAAGCUCCUGUGAAUCCGUUCUCUGAAUCUGCAUUCUGUUCUAUCCUGCUCCAUUGACCCUGUUUUUGCAUCCAGCAGUCAUGUCCUCCAAGCGGAAACACUCUAGUUCUCACUCUUCACGCGAUCCUUCUACCCCCAAACGUUCUCAGGCACCCGCUUCUCCCCAGUCUCGCCACCUUCCUCUUCUCCAGCUGGAAAGCGAGAUCGCGGAUCUCGGUGCGAAGGUGUCAGCCUACAGGGAGAAGGGGUUGAGCUUUUUCGCUGCCCUCAGCGAAGCACGCGUAAGGAAGAACCAAGAGGAAACAGCAUGCCCAGCACCCACGAAACCCAGAAGUGUACAUGAAGACCAGAGGCAGGCUUUGAAGGAGAGGCUAGCUUUGGCCAAUAAAAUGUUGCCUACAUUGUUGAAAGACCUUGCUAUGUGGAAUACCAAGAUCCAACAGGCUGUGGACGUGAAGCGGAAAGACCAACGAUUGCCUUUCCUGGAUAGCGUUGAUGCCGAAACGUAGCUGCUUCGUGAUAUCUUCCAGGAGCUUCCUGUCCAGGUCAAGAUAUUGUACAUUCCUCAUCAUUAAGACUUCUGCCUGAUAGUAUUUGUACCAGACCAUGGAAUAAGGAGCCUGAAAUUCUCUGCAAUUGGAAUGUUGACUACAAGGACCAGGACCUUUGCAUCCGUCUGAGAAAAAUGUAGCAUACCGAGUUGACAAACUAAUUAGGAUAAAGCGUUCUAAGUGAUAGCUAGCGGUGAUGUCUGCUGUAAAUAUUUUAAUUUUCAUGUUCCUGUAAGACACGUAGUGGCCCUGCAUUAGUGCCUGGAGGUUCUCAGCCUGAUUCUGGUUUUAAAGUCCCACUAUACGAACUCUUGAUUCAUGGUUUUAGAAAUCUUCCCGUGUUCUCACUUUUAUAUAUACAUGCUGACACGAAGAUUGUUUAUGAGAGUUCAAGCA